GAUUACAGUCGUGACCACUGCGCCUGACCUAGACUGUUUAGCUUUAACUUCCUAGGAUACAAAUACAAAACAGACUAGGGCCGAUAAUUUGCUGUUUUCAAAACAGAAGUGGAAAGCAUGAUUUUCUACUUCUGGAAUAAUUUAGAGUGACAUCUGGUGGUCGCCUGUUAGACAAGAAUUGUUGAAGAAACUGAAUUUAAAAGCCUAUAAUAAAUAAAACUACCAGACAUAAAAAGAUAAGAACGAUGAAUUAAAGUAGUAAAAAGUUUAAAAAACGUAUUUUAAAUCCCCACUAAAGAAAAGUUUUUUUAAAAGGCUAGUUGCAGACUUUCAAUCCACUGGACUUUAAAAAGUAACAAUAGAUUAUUUAAUGAGUAGUUGUGACGAAAAAUGUAACAGUUAAUUGAUGGCAGGAAAUACGAAUUGAUUUAUACUGGUUUGAAGAUUCUGGCUUGAGAGGAAAUGCAACUUUACGGGGGAAGACGACUCAAAGGUUACAGGAACAAUUUAUUCACAAGGCAAAAUAUCUUCAACGUCUCUCCAAAACUUCGAGGGCAGAAUGGGUAUCUGCCGAGAUGGUAAAAUGUUCAGUGAGCAGGAAAUAUUUCACCGGAUCUCACUUGCUUGGGAAAAAAGGCAGUGAACGCGACCCACGCGACAGACUAGAUCGCACGCUCGGCCUCAGAUUGGUCGAGCCUGUUUGGGCUGCGCAAAAAGCGGAAGCGCGCUUUUCAAAGUCGUCCCACCGUCGAUGAAGGCAGGCCACUUCCGGCGUAGCCAUGGCGGCUAACGCUACUACCAACCCGUCACAGCUGCUGCCGUUAGGUAAUCGCCGUCCUUUAGGGAGCAGGAACAGGGAGCUGAAGUUCAGGAUUAGGGGCCGAGGGGCUGUUCCGAGGCAGGCCCUGGCCGAGUGUGGGGAAAUGUAUAGGACCAAAUGCGGUUCGACUCUCGGCUCCAAGUCUUCAAGGCAGCAGGCCGCCCCUGCUCUUUAACGUGGUCGGGCUCCUCCGGGCAAGGAUUUCUGACUCCUCAAAGCAGACCGUCACAGGAGAAGGUCCACAUUUAGUGAACGUGUCGUCGGCCUCCUUUGUUGUGAGCCCGCCUUUGCAGUGUGAUAGAGCUUGUGGACAAAUGUAUAGGAUCAAGAAUUCACAUUGUGAUGAAGAGUGAUAAGGAAAUUGUUGGUACUCUUCUAGGAUUUGAUGACUUUGUCAAUAUGGUACUGGAAGAUGUCACUGAGUUUGAAAUCACACCAGAAGGAAGAAGGAUUACUAAAUUAGAUCAGAUUUUGCUAAAUGGAAAUAAUAUAACAAUGCUGGUUCCUGGAGGAGAAGGACCUGAAGUGUGAAUGAGUUUCCUUGACUUAGCUAGAUUCUGUUUUGUCUUUUAAUGACAAGAAAAUGGAAUUUUUUUUUUUCCCACCUCCUAAUGUUUAAAUCCCAUAAAGCUAAGUUUCCCGUUAAAGGGAAGUGCUUUGAAGAUGUGUACCCAUUUUUGUAAGUUAAUCAUGAUUAUCCUGGAAAAAGAAGAAAAGAGCUUCUUCUUUGAAGACGAAAAUAAAGGUGUUUUUGGUUAACUGUCAUUUUAUUUAUUGUGCUGCAGAAGCCAGUGGAACAAAGAUUGUGGUUAUUUUGCCACUUUUCUGUCAUUAUAUGCUUAUUUGCUUUCUCAUUUACAUGACCAUUUGAUUCUCAAACAAAAGUCGUUCCAAACAAAAUGAUGAACUUUGAUUUGAACAGGUGCAUUUAAACAACUGGAAAUGAUCACUUAGAAAAUUAAAUUAAAAUGCUGUUGUUUUGUAA